AAAAUUAUUUUGCUGAAAGAGGAUUUCAAGAAACUAACAAAUCAUGCCAUCAAAAAUAGAAGUUGAAUAUUGCGGAACGUGUGGUCACAAAGCACAAUUCGAUGAGCUUGCAGAAAAAUUGAAGGAGAAAAUCCCAGAUGUUGAACUUUCAGGUAGAGAGGGCCGGAGAGGUUCAUUUGAAGUUACAAUAAAUGACACUCUAGUCCACUCAAAACUGCAGACACUAGCUUUCCCUGACUAUGACGACGUUGUGGUGGCAGCAAAGGAGGCCGACGAAGGGAAACCCCCCAGGACUAAAUUGAAGCAACAGACUAUCACUUCCUGUAUUAUUUCAUGAAUGUGUUUCAAAUUAAAUAGGAGUAAAUUCUUAAGUCAAA